UAUUUUUGCUGAUAAAUUGCCAUGUUCACUGCUGAACUUUCCUGAAUAGGUAGCUGACACAUCGCUAUCUGAGAGCUCGGGUGUUGUCACGUUGCACGCUAUCUAUAGCUAACUGUUGAUAAACAGUAACUGUGACAGUGUCGACAGGGUCUACAGGUAGCAGGAAGUUUUAGAUGGGAUAAAUACUUUCACAUUCCUUCUUCCAAGUCAGAAUCAAACUUACACUUGUUGAGCUGUCUACAUUUAAUUUUCGGUUUUAAAAGGUAAAUAUGAAUAAGGAAACGCCCUUAAAUAUUACAGUGAGCGACGAAGAUAAUGUCAGCGAGGAUGAAAGUGAUGAAAAUGGCGAUGAAUUCAAACUAGGUAUAGAACAGCUGAGACGCAAACUUAAAAAUACGGAAGUAAAGGCUCAACGCCCAGUAUCCAAGGAUGAUGGCUACGGUAGUCAGCGUUCAUCGACAAGGUCGGACAUCUCGUCUUGGCGACUAUCUACACUGGAAGCAGACAUCUCACCAGAUGACGUCCUAGCCAGCGUUGGUCAUGGAGAACAGAGCAAGACCGCGGAACCUUCUGUGGGAAGUAGUGGUGGGAGAGCUUCUUCCUCUCCGAAUUUCAGUCGCCAAAGUAAUUUCACCGCCACUGUAAAGGAGAGCCAAGGCGUUCACGUUGGGGACAAAUUUAAGACCGUUAACGUUCACCACCACACCUACGGCCCUGGCUCGGUAGUGCACAUUUACCAACAAGCUUCUACAGAAGAAGAACAAGGUGCCACAGGCAAGGUGAAAAGAAUUUCUGUGAAAUUAUUAAACAAAGAGGACUCAGGUCCCAACGGUGAUACAUUUUCCCAGGUUCUAAACCAGAAGAUUGAGUCCAAUUUUCACGUGAAAAACUGCAGAGUCAUAGUUAAGCAGCUGCCGGCCAUGUCUUUUGAUAUAGAAGCGGACGACGUCACAGCCGCCAAACUGACAAGCGACGUGGGGAUGGAAAAGUUGAGAAAUAUUAUCACUGAGAUGCUGAAUGACAACGCUUGUUUCGGGACGCAACUGGAAGGCCGAGAAAUAAAAGUAGAAAUAGUUUAUGGAUGAAUUAAUGUUGUUAGUUUUUAAUAUCCAGACAGGCUCAAUACAACUGACACAAGCUAGUCCUAUUAGGCUCAGGGACAGAAUUACUGGCAUCGACACACAGCUACUGUUACUCGGUACUACCCCAGAUGAAGCAUGUGCGAGAAAAGUGAUAGAAACUGUAAUUAAAGAGGACGCUACCAUAAUAUGACCUAUGUAUAUAGUAUAAUAUAAUAUAUCUGACUGCUUUUUCAAAGGAGAAGUACCAUGAUAAAUUUAAUGGUGGAUCCUGGAUAUUAAAAAGGAGGCUGGCAAAUUCUUUUGACACCUUCCGCUUCUUUGCUAUAUAUUUUAAUUUAUUCAUUUUUGGGAAGUGGAUCAAUUUGCAGCAUAUUGUAAUAGUUUUAUGGGGUAAAGAUCAAACUCUGCUCAUGUUGAUUGGGACUGAGUCCAUCAUUUUGUUUUGGAAAAACCUCCCCACCCACUCGCCUAUGUUUAGGGCCUGUUACAAACGGGACUUUCCAACUUUCAGGUUGAAGCAGGAAGGUCGGGAAGUUGACCUGUUUACACCAGGAUUUACUUAUUAUCUCUAGACUUUACCCCUGACGGGACAAUAAGGGGGAGCCUACUACACUAUACUUCCUG